CGGCCCAGAAUUCUGAUACGGCUCUUUCAUAAUUUUUUUGGACAUUUUAAUUCCACCCCCUAUAUCUACUCAUUGGCCUAAUGCACUUAAAGUGUCAUAGUUGGAAACAUGUCCUGUGCAUACCCCCCUCGAAUGGCUUCUUCGACUGCCUUGCGAACCUCUGACGAAUGGGCCCGUCAUAUAUCCUAUAACGAACGUCAGAAUUAUCACACCGAGCAGCCUCCUCAUGACUAUGGUGCAGAAACCGCAUGGCGGACGUCUGCAAGUGACACUGGACUUUCUUCUUCCCAAUUGGCUAAUCCACACCUUACCGCCGCCUAUCGCCCCGCAACCCUUCUGUCCUCUGACGAGUAUCGUACGCCUCAAAUAGAGUACUCCCAACAUCACCAGACGUAUACCCCACAGCCUUCCUACGCACAAGACGCAAGAUACAUGCCAAUAAUGCCAUCCAGCUCGCCUCAGGCUGCAUCUCACAUUCAGCAUCAACCCCCUGACGUGCGGCAAGCGCCUGUCACCCCAGUAUAUUCUUCUUCUCAUCAUUCCAUUCCUGGUUAUGGGACGGAAAUAUCUCCACCUAACUCGAUGCUACCUGGGUCCACCCCUUCUUACCAGGCGGUGCAGCACACCGUUCCUCAGGGCUAUAACACUGCCGCUGUGACGUAUUCCCCCGUCGAUCCACUUCCCGCAACUGCGCCGCAUGCUCAAGUUGUCUCCACAGUGGAUUAUGAGCAGAUGCUUCGUUCAUAUGAACGUUUGCUAGUCGAUCUUCCCAGUCCAGACGAGUGGAGUAAUGAAAACGCGCGCCAAGCCAUGAGCUCGACCUCCCUAAACGGCCUAGUUUCUACUGCCAUUACAGGCUUGCAAACCCUCGAUCCAAACGCGCGAUUUCAAUCUACCAGUCCGCCACCAGACAGUACGUCGGAACUUCGCGGCAUUUCACCUUCACUGUCUGCCGCGUACCAAAUGCCAAUAAUUCGUACGAAGAGAAGGCGUAUUAUACAAAAAUGUUUGAGUUGCGAUAGCACAUCAACUCCUGAGUGGCGAAAGGGUCCAAUGGGACCGCGUACGCUGUGCAAUGCAUGUGGACUCGUGUGGGCAAAAGUGCUCCGCAAACGCGCAGCAGAAGAGAGGGCUAAGUCAGGUGCGCCUUCAGUGCCAUCACGGCCAAAGUCGUCUACCACACUUCAAUACCCUCAAGAUGGGCCACGUCUUCCUCAAAAUAUCAUUUUCUGAGCGGCGCACCAAAUACUACUUGAUUAAUUCUUA